AUGGAUAACUAUGAAGAAGAUGAAAUAAGCUCUAACCAUAUCGCAUCAUUUUCACCUAUUAAUAAUGAAGUCAAACGAAAACCAUCAUUUGUAAGACCAUAUUUUGAAAAGACUUUUGAUGAAAAAGGUGAGCCAGUACAAAUUUGUAAAAUUCUAAAUGAUAAUGGUGAUCGAUAUGAUCAAAAAUAUUACAAUAUUGGAAGUUCUACUGGAAAUCUUAUUGCACAUUUACGGGACAUUCAUCAUAUUGUUAAUAAUGAUGAAAAUGGAAGUGAACCUAAGCCUAAAAGAAUAUGUUUUAUUUUUUUUAAAAUUUAA